CUGGAAAGAGAUAUUUUUCAAUAAUUAUAUGUUAAAUUAAAUUAAAUGUUUGUAGCGCGAUUAUAAUAUGGGAUAACCCAACUGACAUUGCUUGCAUAAAUAACGAUUUGUUCAUCGCUACUUAAUUCAGUCGGUUGUGUGGUAAAAUAAAAGACAGAAGUGGUAAAUAUCAAUAAAUUAUGAAGAUAAAAUUCCUUAUAUUACCAUUUUUGGUAAUAUUAAAUUUAAGAGCCGCAUUGUCCGCCCCAGGAGAUGUAAGUUUUAUUGUAUCAUCAACUGAACAACCAAAAGAAGGCAAGGAAGGAGAGAUCCCAGUACUUGAAGAUGCUAACCUAGUUCCUGUGAUUUACGAAAUGGAUGUGCAUUCCAAUGUAACGAAUCGUUACGCUAAGACUGUGAUAACAAAUAGGGUAAAAAACCCAGCUAAGUCAGCCAAGCAAACGACCUUUUCAGUCGUUUUACCUGAAAAAGCAUUUAUAUCGGAAUUUGUAAUGGAAAUUGGCUGGAACAAAUACAAAGCUUACGUCAGGGAAAAAGAGGAGGCUAAGAAAAUAUAUACUAAGGCAGUAGAAAGCGGCCAAAGCGCUGCUCAUGUAGCGAUAAGUACCAGAGAUUCUAACACCUUUACAGUUUCCGUUAACGUUGGGGCUCAAGAAAAGGCAACAUUCUAUUUGACAUAUGAAGAACUUUUGGAAAGAAAAAAUAACCAGUACGAUUUAGUUCUUAACAUUCGUCCCGGACAAGUUGUUGACCAUCUUAAUGUUCAAGUAUACAUCAACGAAUCCAGACCUUUGGUCUUUGUGAAAACUCCAUCUCUAAGAUCUGGCAACGAAAUCGCUAAAAACAACGAUAAACUUGACCCCGCCUCUUUUAUAGAAAUUAUUAACUCCACCAGUGCUCUAGUUAAGUUCCAACCAGAUGUUGUAAAACAACAGGAAUAUGCUAAAGAAUUAGGAGGAAUAGAAUCCAAUGGUCUUGCAGCACAAUUUGUAGUUCAGUACGAAGUUGAAAGAGACCCACAAGGUGGAGAGGUUUUGUUGCAAGAUGGUUACUUCGUACACUUUUUCGUACCAAAGGACGCAGAAGUCAUCCCCAAGCACGUAUACUUCAUCUUAGAUACAAGUUCCAGUAUGUAUGGUAACAAACUCCAACAACUUAAAGAUGCCAUGACCAGUAUUUUGGAUGAGAUCAAACCUGAAGACUCACUGAGUAUUGUCGAAUUCAACAGUGAAAUAUACGUGUGGGAUAUAGAAAAUGAGAAAUCAAUUCUUGCUCAGUGGGACAACUAUAGGGAACCGUUUGAAGAAUUAGGUAAACUUAACUUACCAGGACCAGUAUCAGCAACAAAGGAAGGAGUUGAGAAAGCUAAGAAACUUGUUGAGAAUAUGCAAGCCGGAGGUGGCACUCACAUGAUUGGUGGAUUGGACGCUGGCCUAUAUCUUGUAAAAUCCGAAAUAGAAAGAACUAAAGGAAGCAAGGACCAGAGACAACCUCUUGUAAUAUUCCUAACAGAUGGACAGCCCAACAUUGGUUUACAUUCUACAGUUGAAAUUAUUGAUGUGGUAACUAAGUUAAAUGAAGACAGCAUCAAGGCUCCACUGUACACUCUGGCUUUUGGAGAUCUUGCCGACGAAGAUUUCUUAAGAAAACUCGCUCUGAAAAACAAAGCAUUCUCAAGACAAAUUUACGAAGCAGCAGAUGCAGCUAUACAAUUGCAACAAUUCUACAGACAAAUAUCUUCCCCACUUUUAUCAGAUGUUCAUUUUAAAUACAACGACGAUGCUAGUGAAGUAACAAACACAGGUUUUCCCAUUUUAUACGCUGGUGGAGAAAUCGUAGUCACUGGACGAUUUGUAGGUCAUGAAUUUGAUCCUACAAUAAGAGCCGUAGGUAAACGAGGACCUUUAACAUACAGACCAAGGGUUCAUAAGCCAGUAAAUUCUUUGGAACGUCUUUGGGCAUACUUGACUGUUAGAGAAACUUUACAAAAAAUGAAAAUUGCCAAAGACAAGACAGAACUUACCAAAAAAGCUUUGAAGCUCGCUCUUAAAUAUUCCUUUGUUACUGAAGUAACAUCAUUGGUUGUAGUUAAACCCAACUCUACACUUCCCAUAUAUCCAGAUGAGGGAUAUCCAAUUCCAAGAGAACCUGCGUAUCCAUACGCAUCUGCUCAAUCUUCAGGAUACGGAGGCGGUGGAUUUGCUGGAGGUCAACCUCUAAGGGCUGAGUUAUUAGAAGAUAGUGGCUACUCUUCUACUCCAGACACACCCCACAGAGUUACACAUAAAGUAGUACGAAAGCCAAGAGUACGAACAACAACAGUUAAGCCAGUCCCAUCACCGACACAAACCGAAAAAGGUAAAAACACAACAGUAGAACAUUCCUUAAAAUGGUUGUCGACUGCUUUAAGUGAAACGAACACUCUAUCCCUGCCAUCAGGAGAAUUAAAACUUGGUGAAGAUUCAUUAAAAAUUACUCCCAGUGAAGCUUGCCCCAAAACACCCGAAGGCAAAGAAGGUGUUUGCUCUCUUAUUAAAGAUUGUCCUCAAGUAUUUCCACAACUGACUGAUUUCGAAGUAUACAAGUCUUACUCCUGUGUCCUGCAAAAAGAAUAUGCCGGAGUAUGUUGUCCAAAAAAAGCGGAAGUCGCUGCUUAAGAUUGUUGUUGUUUCGUAAUUAAAAAUUGUUGAAAGUUAUAUUUUUGUAAGUCUAAGGAAAUUUUUUAAACAAUUAAAUGAUUUUUUCAGUU